AUAUGGUCUGUUAUCAUUCUGACGGAAGAAGAUUUCAGUCCAAAGUUGAUUAAAUGGGUUAUUCAAGAACUGAAGCAACGUGCUUCUGAAACAGCGCCGAUUCCAAUACAAAGAAAUCCCCCCUCACCUAGAACUCAAUCUAAAUCUAUAUUAACGGUCGCGCUUCAAAAGGCCCAGAAAGCUGUUCACUUUGAUGAGGCAAACAAUGUUGCAGCCGCACUUGAAGCUUAUAAAGAGACUGUUGAAUUAUUAUCACAAGUUAUUGGCAAUGCUGCAAACGAGGCAGAUCUUCUAGAAGCCGAAGAUGAUAGUGCUAGUAAUGUAGAUAAUGAGCCAGACAUAAGUGAAUAUAUACUGAAUAAUGUUACAUCACAAUAUUCUAAUAAUUCAUCCCCUAUCGAAGUUACUUCCCAUCGUACAACUGAAUCUAAUGGUCAAAAAUCUAUAAUAAGUAGUGAUGACUCAAUAGAUCAAAAUUCUUCAAUAAAAUAUAACGAAAAUACUUUACCUUCAAAUGCUGUGAAAAUAGACACUUCAAUUCGAACAAAUGGUGCUAUAAAAAAUGGUAUAGAUUAUCAAGUUAACUCAAAAGAUAAUUUUAAAAAUGGUGAUUACAUAGCACGGCCAAAGCGUUUGUCGGUUCUAUCCCAUAAAUCAACCAUUUCAACUUCCACUACUAAAUCGUGGACUUCUUCAAAAUCAAUACAUGAAAUCACUGCUAAUGGUUCAAAAUCUAUUGCUGAUGCCAGUGAUGUCGCUGAAUCCGUUACAAGUUCCGAUGAUGUUGAUUUUAGUUCUGACGAUUUUGAUUCCAGUGCAAAUGGUUCUGAUGCCCAAAAUUUUGAAAUGUCUGAUACAAAAUAUGAUACUUAUUUAUCUGAUAUAAAUCGUGAUUCUUCGAUAAAAUCUUCUUCUUCCUCAAUUUCUCCUCCAUCCGCUUUAUCACAAGAAUCAAUACAAAAAGACCUUUCUUCAUCUCCAACUAUUAAGGAUCAUGUAUCUCCGUUAGAUCCGUUAGAAUUAGAAAAACAUUCAUCUCCCAAUCCUGCUCGAGUUUUUACUCCUCCUCCUCCUCCAAAAGUUGCUCCUCCAACUUCUUCAUGUACCAGCCCUAAUCUUCGUUCUGAUGGUGUUCCUGUUUUUCAUACUCCACGUCCACCACCAUCUUAUCCCCCUCAGAAUACUUCAAUGCUAGAGAAAAAAGCCGCCGCUUCGUCAAAAAUUUCUUCAAUUUCAUCUACGAAUUCAAUCGUUCCAUUAACUCGUUCUCAUUCUGACGAAGAGGAUGAUAAGGCUUCAGUAAAAUCUACUUCUGCCGAGUCAGUAACUCCUUCCUCUCCAUCAGCGUCUCAAUCAUCUAUGGAAAAAUUAUUCAGUAAAACGUUGAUAAAUAACAGACGUCCCUCUCCCCUUCCUCUGGCUCAACAAAAUAACAAUCAUAAUUCUCGUGUCAUACCCGGUCAUAUUGCCUCGAACUCUAAUCCUGUACCAGAUUCUCCAAAUUUGUCGCGUCCCGUAAGAACUCCACGAAGGACUACUUCGAAUCCCGGUAAUGCUCCUAAAAAAAAUGGUGCCUCACGUUUCUUCAAUAACGCACAUUCAUCUCAAUCUCCGGGAACUCCUGCUACUCCAUGGACAAAUAGUCUUAGUUUCGUUUCACCACCAUUAGGUAGUCCUGGUCUUUCCACAUUCCGAAGUGAUUCUCCAACUGUAUACUCUACUAGAACUAUUGAUUCUGGUUACGCUAGUUGUCUUGUGAACCCUUAUCCUAAUCCAUUAAUUUAUGAUGAAGAUACUGGUGUUCCUGUUAUAUCCAAUACUGGAAUAUCUGAACUUCCACCUAAUGAUGUACACUUGAAACCUUUCUGGCUUAUGAGGUUAUUAGAACGUACAAUGACGACUGGUGGUUACCUGACUCCAAAACUAUAUAUUCCCAGGAAUUUAUGGUUACAAGGACAUGCAAAAUUGACUUCUAUCGAUACUAAGAUUUCUAGUUGUGAUGUUGUUCUUAAUUGUUUAAUAAGGUUAUCAAAGACCUCAGUUGAUGAUAUGGAUGUAUUAGUAAAGGUAUUGGAGGGUAUAGAACCUAUUAUUGAAGGUCUUCAAAAUUCUCUAGCCAGGAAAUUAAGUUAUGUUGAAUCAACAAAUGGAAAAGGUCGGCAGAGUACAAGUACACUCAUGAAUUGGGGCUCAAAAUUGUCUCGUGGCCUUGAUAAAAUGGGUAUGAGCAAUGCAACGAUUCGUAGCGAAGAAGCCAAUGAAUAUGUAGAUGUUUUGUUAAAAGUAUUUCAGAAUGUCGAUGUUGUAGGUUAG